GCAUCAGUUAUUCGUCUGAUUCAAACACAACAACAACCAACAACAUGCAGGUAAAGGUCCUCAUUCUCGCUGCGAUUUUGGCUGUCGCUUCCGCCGCUUCUCCUCCGGUCUACCCAGCCCCGGUCUACCCAGCUCCCGUUUACAGCGUACCUGUUACGACCUACGAAGCUCCCGCACCAGCCUACCAAGCUCCCGUUUACCAACCACAACCCUACAGCUUCGAAUGGGCUGUUAAAGAUGUCGAAUCUUACAACGACUAUUCCCAUUCCGAGAGCAGCGAUGGCAAAGUGACCACCGGAUCAUACCGUGUCGUCCUUCCCGACGGCCGCACCCAAAUUGUCACCUACAGGGCCGACAGCUACGGAUAUGUCGCCGACGUCAAGUACGUAGGAGAGGCCAGAUACCCCGAGUACAAACCCAGCACAUAUGCUGCCCCAGCUUACAAGGCACCUGAGGCCCCUGCUUACAAAGCUCCAGUUUACACAGCCCCUGCCCCAGUCUACAAAGCCCCAGCCCCGGCCCCAGUUUACACCGCUCCAGCCCCAGUCUACAAGGCCCCAGCUCCAGCUCCGGUUUACACAGCCCCAGCUCCAGCCUACAAGGCCCCAGCCCCAGCCCCAGUCUACAAGGCCCCUGCCCCAGCUCCAGUUUAUGAAGCCCCUGCCCCAGCUCCAGUCUAUGAAGCUCCAGCUCCGGCUCCAGCCUACAAAGCCCCAGCUCCAGCCCCAGUUUACACAGCCCCAGCUCCAGCCUACAAGGCCCCAGCCCCGGCCCCAGUGUACACAGCCCCAGCCCCAGUUUACAAGGCCCCAGCCCCAGCUCCAGUCUAUGAAGCCCCUGCCCCAGCUCCAGUCUAUGAAGCCCCAGCUCCGGCUCCAGCCUACAAAGCCCCAGCCCCAGCCCCAGUCUACAAGGCCCCAGCCCCAGCUCCAGUCUAUGAAGCCCCUGCCCCAGCUCCAGUCUAUGAAGCCCCAGCUCCGGCUCCAGCCUACAAAGCCCCAGCCCCAGCCCCAGUCUACAAGGCCCCAGCCCCAGCUCCAGUCUAUGAAGCCCCAGCUCCGGCUCCAGCCUACAAGGCCCCAGCUCCAGCCCCAGUUUACACAGCCCCAGCCCCAGCUCCAGUCUAUGAAGCCCCAGCUCCGGCUCUAGCCUACAAAGCCCCGGCUCCGGCCCCAGCCCCAGCCUACAAAGUUGUACCUGCCGUAUACAGGACUGCUGCACCAACUUACAAAACCCCAGCUGCUCCUGUCUAUAGAUCUAGAGUUACUUUCCCUCUCACUUUCCACACCCUUCUAUCAUGCCAUAAAUCUUUUUUUUGUCAGGUUAUCUUUUCAGAGCAGCAGUCACACCCCCCGUUGCAGUUGUUGCAAGUAUAUAAGGCACACGUAGUCGAGAGGAAAAUCAUCAGUUACUUGAUUGUUUCUAACCUUACAACAACUCACAACAUGAAGGUCUUUAUUCUCAUUGCUACCAUUGCUGUCGUCUCCGCCAACACGGCUUACCCAGCUCCGCGUUACUCCGCGCCGACUUACUCCGCCCCAGCUCCUGCCUAUCAGCCUGCAGCACCGGCAUACACAGCCGAUUACCAACCUCAAACUUACCCCGCCCAACCCUACAGCUUCGAAUGGGCUGUUAAAGAUGUUGAAUCCUACAACGACUAUUCCCAUUCCGAGAGCAGCGAUGGCAAAGUGACGACCGGAUCUUACCAGGUCGUCCUUCCCGACGGCCGCACCCAGAUCGUCACUUACAAGGCCGACGCUUACGGUUAUGUCGCCGAUGUCAAGUACGUAGGAGAGGCCAGAUACCCCGAGUACAAACCCGCCGCCACUUACUCCGCACCCGCUUACAAAGCCCCGGCAGCUCCGGCCUACAAAGCCCCUGAAACACCGUCCUACCCGGCCCCUGCUGCGUACAGGACACCCAAAUAUUAAAUUCCAUUGUUGACUCAAAUUAUCAGAUGAAUUUUAUCAGAGAUUUAUAUUAAAGUGACUCAUUCUUGUUUGUGUACGAAAUUGUGUAGCCAGUCGAUACAAAAUGUUUCUCUGUUCA